UAAAUCUCGACGACGUGCUGUCAUAAUCUAGAACGUCGUCAGCGGGUCCGAUAAGUGAAUCCUCGACCUCCACCAAUGGGAGCUCGAGUACAUUGAUGUUCCAACGUUGGAACAGGAACAAGAACAACUUCUGCGGUUGUCCGCGACCUGAUGCAGAAAGAAGUACUAAACAGAUCUUGUAAAAAUUAGGCUGUUGACCUGGAUAAAAUUGAUACGGAAAACAAGAUGUAGCAAGCACCGCACAUUCGUUCCGCAAAUAAAUCAAUGUAGUUGAUGAAGGUUUCUUGAAAUAAACUUCACGCCGCGACGAGUUUUUACCACGAUAAUCGAUCUUCAGACUUAUUUUCAACCCUGGACGAUCCGCAUCCGAACUCGAAACUACGCGUGCCGAUCUGUUCUUAGUUCCGGGUAGUUGUUCCACUUUGUAUUUGCAGCACACGAUAAUUUCUUAAUUCCUAAUCUUAUCAUCAUAGCAGCCUUGAAUGAUAUGAUUUGGUCUUGAUGUUGCUUCAUGUUGUUUUGAAAAAUACUUCAACUCCCAUCAUGUGAAAACAGCGACACAAGAAAUAUUACCGCCAGUUUGUUGAUUUCGGAUGAGGUAUCUACGUAGUAAUUUCCACGACAAGUACAUGAUGAAUUAGGCCCGCAGAAUCUAGAUAGUUAUUCGCAUUGUCUCCACCAUAAUUUAGCCUACUGCCUAGCGUUAUCUUCACUUCGGGCACCACGACCAGGAGGACUUCGCUCUAGGAGCAGCGUCCGCCACGACGAGGAUCUCUUGUUGCACGACCUCUACUGCUCCGGCGCCAGGGCGUUUGAUCUGAUAUACUUUCGUCCAGCAGUUGUGGAGACAGAAACAAUAACCCAAGCCCCUUGACCCCCCAAACCACGACAAGAUGGCGCGUAACUUGGAGAAGCAAAAGCACUCCCUAAACAAGUACUGGGACCAUCGAAAUGCGAUGGAAAAGGACGGGUACACCGGCCACUCGUGGCUGGCGUACAGUUAUGACAUUGCACAACUCCCCCUCGUUCUCAUUUCUCAUGCAAAAUACCAAAUCCACGCUUUGCCUCUUGUCACUAUUAUGCAUGACAAGUUCUGGUAGCCGCCCAAAUAGCACUACAAUCCAGUGGAAAUUUGUCAUGCAAAACCGGCACUCUUGCUGAUGCUUGUAUUUUUGCCGUUCAUGCUAUACAAAUGAGGGGGAGGGGGGGGGGAGUUGUGCACUCUCAUAACAGUGAGCGAAGACCCAAAAUUGCGGAGUCGGUGACCACCCUGAAGGAGGCGAAAAAAUGGUGGAACAACCUGAAAUGGGAAUUGUCCGAGAAAAUCAUGCGGAUCCAAAACGCCACACUCCCCGAGGCCGAGAUCCGCGACAUGAACGACGACAUCAAUCGGCUGAUACGGGAACGAGGUUUUUGGGUGGACGCAAUACGAAAUCUCGGAGGGGAGGACUUAACGGCGCAGAUAAAACCAAUGGAACUAGACGGGAAGGAACUCUACGCACACAGCGGGUAAACUUAUUUGUUAUUCACCUAUUCCAGAUGAGCCACGCUGUGAAGAUGCUCUUGACAAAGAUAAAUUGCGUUUUAUUCAAUCGCAUAGUUUUAGUUCUUUUCAUCUGUGGUCCCACAGAUGAAGUGAAAGUAGAGAUUAGAGAUACAACAUGAGGACAUCGCUUUUUCUACUGAUAAGUGAAGAAUUUCAGUACGUGCAUUCCAUUUAAGGAACAAUCAGAAUCAAAAUCGACGUUCUUUAUCAGGUACAAAUAUUUCGGUGCGGCAAAGGACCUUCCCGGUGUAAGAGAAUUAUUCGACCAACAGAUAGCCGCGGACGAAAAACGGAAAAAGAAGAAAGAGCUCUACGAAAACAUCCUUCCCGAUUAUUUCGUAUGCAUUGCAAAUAUGUCUGGGUCUGGGAGAGUGCUGUAACUUGUCAUGCUACAUCUGGAUCGUGGAAAAUAAAAUUUGUGUUGCAGGAUUACCAAAAGAGGUCCCCUUUUGAACAAGUUUAGAGGCAGUUUCUCAUGCAGGAGCGGCAUGAUAGAGAUCUCACAGAACCUGUCAUGCUAGGCCGCGCAUGGCAGACCGCGUGGGUCAUGGAAAACCUGCAUGACAAACCUACCAGUCUUCCAGACCCAGACAUUUUUGCAUUUGAUAUUUCGGCUGGCGAGACGAAAAUGAUGUAGAGUUGCUUUUCGAGGAACAGGCGGCAGAAGCGGAAAUAGCAGCGGACCGGCUCGAGGUAUAGAGUUUGACAUACUAUGUUCGAUGUGUUGAUUGUGCAUAACAAGAAACUGCAGCGGUACAACUACCUUUUCGCGUUCGAAAGCCACGAUCUACGUAAAAAUGGCGGUCGUAUUUCCUCUGCAUCAUGACACGACUAACAGCAUCACGCUCAUGAUUUUUCAACAACAAACUGCAUGACAAAUUUUUAUGCACAACUAUCUAUCAGAACAUGCCGGAGCAGCUUCGGAAGGCGAUGGAGUUGCAGCAGCAACUGGGUUAUGAACUGCAAAAGUACCGUACUCGUACAGAUGCAUUACAAAUUUCCCCAGCAUGAGAAAUAAAAUUUGUCAUGCGGAUUUACCGUAAGAAAAAAAUUUGUAAUGCAUGACUGCAAUUACAAUGAGUGCGAUACUUUCGCACUUCAUAUGGGUGUAUCGGCGAAACACGGCACCACCUCGUUCUCCAAGGCCUUGAUUGAAGAGGAGGAAAGAAAAAAGAUGAUAUGCAUGGCAAAUGUGUCUAGGUCUCGAAGAUCGGGCGAUUUUGUCAUGCAUCUUUUGGAGCACACAGAUGCUGUGGAAUGCGCGCAAAUGCAUUUACAAGUUCUGUUCAAGCCCCUUGAUGUUGCCCGUCCUGCAUGAGUAACUCGGUAUUUCUACGGAGCAAAAAGUGGACACCUUUUGGCGUUUAUGCAACACAAGUUUUAUUUGCGGAGUCCAGAGGACUUUGCAUUACAAGUUCGGAUGCUUCCAGGGGACCCAGACGUAUUUGCAAUGCAUAGAUGAAGGACGGGGAGAAUUUGGACCACAACAAGAAAAUUUCCUACGUCUACACGCCGACGGACGAGGAAAUUCAGCGGCUUUUAACGGAGAAGAAGCGGCAGUUGGCAUUGCAAAAGGUUUCGAAAUACAUAACCAAAGAAGAAUUAGACGACAACGAAGAAAAGCGGAAACUCGCGGGCCAGCACUACGUGGAACCCGAGAAAGCGAAACGGAACGACUAGAUUUUUCCGUCGUGUGCAGCUCUCUUACUACAACCGUAGUUGUCCACCUCCUUGAGGCCGCUAUGAGGCUGUGCUUUUCCAAGAAGUAGAAGAACAACUUCUCUUUCUAGAGCUCAAGUGAAAGAAAGUAGUUUCAUACCUCCAGCCGCAUAAUGUGGCGCAGAAGUUAAAAUUGAUUUACAACAGC